AUGUCAUUUCAUCACCUUCAUCAUCAUCAUCAUCAUCUUGCCGAAAAUUCCUGGCAGGAUCGAUCGAAUCAUUUCAUAAAUACUUCCAAUGUUCCAAAUAAUUCCGAUCGAUCAACUAGUCAAAAUUCAUCAAUGCCUAUUCCAACAUCAUCAAAUUCAGGUGGCGUGGAUUUUCAACCACCUUAUUUUCCACCACCAUUUCCAGGUGUAUCACAUCAACAUUCAUUUGAACAAAUUCAAGCAAAUCAUUCACAUAAUCUUGAUUAUACAUCAUCAUCAUCAUCACCUCCAUUUACAAAUAAUCAAACAUCACAAUCAUAUAAUUCAUUAGUUCGUUCCUCAGGUGUUAAUAUUGAUGAAACGCCAACACCAUUAUCUCAUCCAUAUGGUGCUUAUGCUGAAUAUGCUGCUUCUUAUUAUAGUCGUCAUGCUAUGGUACUUGAUCCAGAGUCAUUACAACUUUAUCGAAGUGGUUUAUUAGCGAGUGAUCCAUCAAAUACAGCAGCUUUUCGAGUUCCUGGUCUUGAUGAUAAUGUUCCACCAGCACUUUCUGAACAUUAUCGAGCAUCAUUUCAUCAUUUACGUCGUGGUGGUGAUACAAAAGAAGGUAUUCAAUUAAAUUUGGGUGUUGCAAAUGGACCUAUUGCUCCAACAGAUGUAUUCUGUAGUGUACCUGGACGAUUAUCUUUACUUAGUUCAAAUUCAAAAUAUAAAGUAAGCGUUGCUGAAGUUCAACGACGUCUUUCACCACCAGAAUGUCUUAAUGCAUCUUUACUUGGAGGUAUUUUACGAAGAGCAAAAUCAAAAAAUGGUGGAAGAAUAUUACGUGAAAAACUAGAAAAAAUUGGCGUUAAUCUACCAGCUGGACGACGUAAAGCUGCAACAGUUACUUUAUUAACUUCUCUUGUUGAAGGUGAAGCUGCUCAUUUAGCACGUGAUUUUCAUUAUGUAUGUGAUCAAGAAUUUCCAUCACGUCAAUGUGCUGAAUAUCAAACACGUCAAUAUCAUAAUACACAUCAAGCACAUGAACCAUCAGGAAUAACAAAACGUAAACAAAAUAUUCUUGCUGCUAAACAAUUAGUAAAAGAAUUUACUGAUCUAUUAGGACAAGAUCGUUCACCAUUGGGUACAAAUAGUCGUUUAGCACCUGUGCUUGAUGUUUCAAUACAACGACAUUUAACACAUUUUUCCUAUGUUACACAUGGUUUUGGUACACCAGCCAUUGUUGGUGCAAUGUCAGCAUUACAAAAUUAUUUAACUGAAAUGAGUAAAACAUGUGACAAACCAAUGACAAAUUCAAUGGAAAAUAAAAAAGAUAUUGAGCAUUUAAAUGACAAAACACGAUAG